AUGGGAGCUUCCAUAACUUUUGGAAUGCGCGUAAUUUUUUUUGUGUAUUUAUCAGUUCAAAUAAAUACUGUUCUUAUUGCUGGAGGACUUGUUGAAUCAAACCAAAAGGAACUUGAAGAAAUUUUGGAAAUUUAUUCGGGAAAUAAUUUUGAAGAAUUUGAUCAAAAGUCUACGAGGUUGUCUACGAUUGAAGAGGGGCUUGCGGGUAUCAAAGGAUCGGUCAAAAAAAUUAAAUCUUGGAUACCUAAAAAAUGGACGAAUAAUUUGGAUUCAGAUAGUCAAGAGUCUACUCCUAAAAUUAAAUUCAGUGAUUUUGUAAGACAGUAUAGUAGCAAAAUUCGUGCAAUAUUUCCAGGUACUCGUUGGUGUGGUGAUGGCAAUAUAGCUCGCGAUGACACUGACCUAGGUCCAUUUAAACAUACAGAUGCUUGCUGUCGACAACACGACAAGUGUCCUUUUAAUCUUGAAAGCGGAGAGACCUUAGGUCCUUUAAAAAACAAUGGUGCAUUUACUAGAUCCUGGUGCGCUUGUGAUCAAGAUUUUUACAAUUGUUUAAAAGCAGCAAAUAAUCCAAUUGCUAGAGAAAUUGGUGUUACUUAUUUCACAGUUUUAGGACCUCAAUGCAUUGAUUAUAAUUUUCCUGUGACUUGUAUAAGCAAGUCAAGUGUAUUAGACAUCACAGGCAGAAAAUGCCUUGAAUACAAGUAUGAUAAAUCGCAAAAAAAAAUUAUACAAUGGAAGGACAGUCCUAAUUAUGUUGAAAUUUUAAAUAAAGGAUAA